AUGCAGUCAGACCUUCACAGCCUCCCUGUCGGAUCCCGGCCUGAAAAUGUUGUCCGCAACAGCGGCCCGGAUUCGCACUUGCUCGAAAGAUACAGACUCCGGGAACUCGCCGAAGGAUGGCCAAUGUAUCGCAGUGACGCCUGCGAAUGGGAAAAUUUCGAAUCCAUCUUCGACAGGGACGCCCACGUGUGCACGACGUGGUCAGGCAAGGUGCAUUACGAAGAUUUCAUUGCAGCGUCAAAGGCGGGAAUGGACGAAGGCAUUUUCAUCAUGCACCGCUGCCACGGCCUGAGUACCGACAUCAACGAAACCGCAACUCGGGCGGUGACCAAGAUGAAGGCGACCAUCACCCAGCGCUUCGUUCUGGAUGGCUGUGAGGUCGACGCCGAAGUCGAUUGCCGUUUCCUCUUCUUCUGGGACAAGGUCGAGAGCCGUGUCACACAUCUGCCGGAGUGGAAGGCGAAAUUUGUGCGUCACUGGUACGAGAAGGACAAGCUCAUCCCGGUGGACCCCAGGCGGGUGCCUGAGCUUGACCAGUGUCUCCUCGACAGGUUUCCUUCUGGCUAUCGCUAUUUGGCCUACUGCCAGCAAAAGUUGAUGGGGCUCCCGGUCGACACUGGCCUCCCAGGUCACAACAGAGAGAGAAGGACGCACGGAGGGUCCCACGAGGCCGCCAGAAUGCACGAUCUACUUUAUUGGCAGGCGAAAGAGUGGCUAGCAGGCUGUAAUCCUGAAUUCUGA